AUGUCGCAAAACAACCGGAGGACAAGUGGAUCCAAGUUCACCGGAUGCCCGAAAGCCUCAAAGAUCCGGCAGUUGGAAUCGGCUCUGGAUUAUGCCCACCGUGCUAUUCGAAGCUUGAACAAAGAGCUCAGAAAACUUGGGAUCGAGAAUGAUGUCCUCAGAUCAGGUCUACAGGACGAAAAUCGAGUUCUCCCCGGUAGAAAGUUAUAUUUUCCAACUAUCGAUACGUUUGUAUUUUCCUUCAGGAAGUUGCAGAAAGUAUUCAUACAGCAUCUACUGAAUGCCGUGUUAGAAAAGGUCUUGGCUACAUCAGCCCCAGCACUUGCCGAAAGAAAGGAGAAAGACCUCGGGUCAUCCUGUGGCAAGCUGCAGGAAGAAAGGGAGGCAUUUGUUUCACAAAUUGCAGAGCAAACGAAGAGCAAUGCCGCAAAAGAUGCCCUACUCGCGGAGCUUAAGAGGCACAUUCGGCAGACAAAGACUCGUCCACACUGCACCGCCGAGAGCCAGACUUGCUCUCCAUCUACAGAAAGCAUAGGGACUGAAUGCAAUACUGAAUGCGCCGAGGCUGAUGUCCAGGCCACUAGUGAAGUGACAGUGGUGUCAGUUGAGACACAAACGGAUGCAGUGCCAAAGAGGCACCAAAACCGUGCAGUGCGUGCCUGGCAGAGUUUCUGUGGCCAGGUACGCAACCUGCACAACCGCCUCAUCCAUGGAACGGAGGCAUUCUAAACCCUACUGGAAAUAUAGUAGCCUCCAUAGGAUGUACUGUUCUUCAGGGUGCUAGCUUAUUAUCUGAUUUAUAAAUUUGAACAGCUGUUAUCUGUAAUGUUUUAUACUGCAAAUUCUAUAUUUGUUAGAUUUGAUACAGAAAUUCAUAAAUGAACUGUAAAUGGUCGCUGAAUCCCUAAGGCGAAGGUUAAGUCAGGCCAUUCCUACUGAGGGCAUCUAGCACACGAGAGACAUCCUGCUAGUACCCCGGUGAGGGUAGGGGGCGGGAAGGCAUAUUCCGCGUAACCAUGUGUUUACAUGUGGGCCCCAACAUGCAGGGUAUUAGCAGGAGCAAAAAUAUGCGCUAGAUGCUCUCGCUCAACCGCAAAAUAGAACACCAAAGCAACUAAAGGCUGUGCCUCGUGUCAUUUCAUGUAAAUAUUUCUAAGUAUGUAAAAAUAACUUGACGAAAGUUUUAUCCCCAAAUAUAUGUAGAAAAAAUAAAACACCAAAGCGACUGAA